AACAUAUAUUGGGAGUUCCGUUUCCUAUGCGAACUGUAACACAUUACAGUUCACUUUUGAAGUAAACUUUUCUCAUAUAAUGCCUACUUUUGGAGAGCCCAAAUCGGUCCCAAAAAUACAGUUUGGUGUAUCGCUUGCAAUCGGAACAUUUUGGUCUACUGUCUCUCUUGUUAACUUCGUCAUAAGUCUUAUCAAGAAAGGACCGAAAAAGAUUUUUACGGUUAAUGAUCACCGAUUAGCUCCCGCUUGCUUAUCAGACGAUGAAUAUGGCAUACAUAGUUUUACCACAACAUCAACUGGCGUGAAAAUUCAUUAUGUUGCGGCUGGUAAUGCCAAUUCUCCAUUGAUGAUAUUUCUUCACGGCUUUCCUGAAAAUUGGUACUCUUGGCGUCACCAGAUAUCGUACUUCAAGAGUAAAUUUAGAACUGUUGCAAUAGACAUGAGAGGGUAUGGAGAAUCUGGAAAACCGGAGGGAGUUCAAAACUAUUGGAUUCCUUAUCUUGUUGAGGACGUUAAAGAUGUUAUGGAAGCAUUGGGGUACAAAAAUUGUGUAUUGGUAGCACACGAUUGGGGUGGUGCAGUUGCUUGGUCUGUAGCAGCUAAAUAUCCAGAAAUAAUAAAUAAAUUAAUUAUUUGCAAUUGUCCUCAAGGUACAGCAUUCCAAAAAAUUUUAAAGACAGACCGUAAACAAUUCUUGAAAUCUUGGUACAUGUUUUUUUUUCAAAUACCUUAUCUGCCCGAAUUUUUGAUAAAAUUAUCCGAUUAUGGUUUUAUUCGCAAAGUAUUUUGCAGUAAGCAAAUGGGACUUCAGCAGAGGUCUUUAACAGAAGAAGAAAUGGAAGCUUUCAUUUAUUCUAUCUCACAACCGGGAGCCUUAACUGCUACUAUCAAUUACUACAGAGCUACAUUCCGUUAUAUUAUUCCUAAAGAGUAUAGAAGAACCAUAAAAGUUCCAUCUCUUGUUAUAUGGGGUACAAAGGAUGGUGCACUAAGCACUUCGAUGGCUGAACUAUCUUGUAAAUUUGUCGAGGCUCGUUCUAGUGUAGAUUACGUUGAUGGAGCUAGCCACUGGGUGCAACAAGAUAACCCAGAACAAGUGAACAAAUCUAUAGAUAAAUUUAUUUCUGAAACAAAUGAUUCUAAACUAUAA